AUGGACACUGAUGCAGCUGGGCAGGGCACUGCUAAAGUCCGUCUCUCAAAAUCCCUCUCAGCGGGUGAAAAAGCAGCUACUGCUUCUAGGAAGGAAAAGAUAAAGGCGGCCCUUGCUGAGCUUGGGAUUCCACAUGAUUCGGACAACGUCCCUAAUAUUGCGGUCUUGGGAUCCGGAGGAGGUCUGCGUGCCACAAUUGCCCUUUGUGGGACACUAGUGGAGUUGAAGAACCAUGAUCUCUUAGACUGCGCUAUGUACUUGACUGGGGUUUCAGGUUCUACCUGGUGUAUGACAUCCUUCUACAAAACUGAGAAUUGGACAGAAAGAUUACAGGAGCUGGAAACACUUCAGCGGGAAAGCCUCACCCAAGACCGGUGGGAAUUUGAGAUAGCAGCAAGAGCUUUGCUGAAGGCCGCAAGUGAUGAGAAUUACUCUCUGACAGAAUUCUGGUCUUAUUUUGUUGUGUACCAAAUGCUAAAUGAGCUGGAUGAGACUACAUUGUCUGAGCUGAGGGGAUCUUCUGAGAAUGGGAAAAAUCCUUAUCCUGUUUAUGCAGCUGUGAACAACAACACAUACGCCGAAAACCUUGCAGGCACCUGGUUUGAAUUUACCCCACACGAAGUUGGGAUUCCUGACCUUGGGGCCUAUGUAGACACCAAAUACUUUGGGAGCGUAUUUGAAAAUGGGCAAAUGAUUGAAGAGAAGGAGGAGAAAAAUAUCUGCUAUCUGCAGGGUUUAUGGGGAAGUGCCUAUGGCAGAAAGGCGGACAUGAACAAGAUAAUACGUGAUGCUUUAGGACUGUUUCGAGUCAGUAUGAGAAGAUACUCUGGGGGUUUUCAUCUUUUCUAUAAGUUAUACCACGUUCUAAUGAAGACCACUACAUGUCUGCACCAAUGGAAAUGGGGAACCACCAAUAACUUCCUGUACAAGUGCUGUGGUGAUGAAGUCUAUAACCUGUCGAGUGAAAAGACAAUAUCUCUGAUUGAUGCUGGUCCGGCCAUAAACACUGCUUAUCCACUCAUUUUGCACCCUGAGAGGAAUGUGAAGCUGAUCCUUUCUUUUGACUUCAGCUCUAGGGAUCCUUUCAUGACCAUCGAAAAAGCAGCUGACCACUGUGCAAAAUUUGGAAUCAAAUUUCCUAAGAUAGAUGAAAUAAAAUCAGAGGACAAAAAUAACCCAUCAGGUUGCUACAUCUUCAGGGGAAAAGAUGCUCCGACCGUCAUGCAUUUCCCACUAUUCAACAAGGACAACUGUCCAGGUAAAAUUGCAGAAUACAAAAUGCAGUUUGCCACAAACAAGUUGAAAUAUUCCAAUGGAGAAAUUGAAAAGCUUCUCGCUGCAGCAAAGAAGAAUGUCGUGAACGCUCGGCAAAAAAUCUGGGAAGAGAUUGAGCGCGCUGUGGCUCCUUCUUCCUGA